UCAGAUUUGUUCAUCUUAUCAUGCCCUCUUUCGUGCGUGUCGAAAUUAGGAUAACUUUCCAAGAUGACGCGCUACUCCCAAGAACCGGAGAAUGCUGCCAAGUCCUGCAAGGCAAGGGGGUCGUACCUCCGUGUUCACUUCAAGAACACCCGUGAAACUGCUCAGGCCAUCAAGCACAUGCACGUCCGCAAGGCUGUUCGUUUUCUUAAAGAUGUGACCAACAAGAAGCAGUGUGUUCCAUUCCGCAGAUUCAAUGCUACCGUUGGACGCAAGGCCCAGGCUAAGGCAUGGAAUCACACCCAAGGUCGCUGGCCCAAGAAGAGUGCAGAGUUCCUUCUUCAGCUCUUGAAGAAUGCUGAGAGCAAUGCUGAGUACAAGGGCCUUGACGUGGACUCCCUUGUCAUCGAUCACAUCCAGGUCAACGCAGCCCCCAAGAUGAGGAGGAGAACAUACCGUGCUCAUGGACGUAUUAAUCCUUACAUGAGUUCCCCAUGCCACAUUGAAUUGAUCCUGACUGAGCGUGAACAGGUGGUACCUAAGCCAGAGGAAGAGGAGGAGGCCAAGAAGAAGGUCUCCAAGAAGAAGCUUGCCCGCCAGAAGAUGAUGGCCAGGGAUUAGAUCAGCAGCACAAUUCAAUGGUAGCAACAGGACACUCGUAAUGCGAAACCCAGCAAUAGCAGCAAGAACUCUAAAUCAAUCCUUCAUUAUUGAUCUUAUCGGGAGAGAUCAACAUCACAGAAACUCAAAGACACAUUCUCCGGGCCAUAUGUUGAAUAUUAUGCAGAUGUUCAAUGUGUGAGACAAUAAAUACAAUGUACAAUA